AUGAUAAGCUUGAGCCUUUAACAAUCUAAAAAGCAAAAAUAUAAGUCUGUUAGUUCAGAUGAAAGAUAAUAAAUUAUCAAACUGUUUUUGGAAAAUGCUUAUUCUGCUAACUAAGUAUUUUAAAUUUAUAAUCCAGAUAGCUAACCUUACAGGCCAUAAUUUAUCAACCAUUAAGGCUAUAUACAGAAUAUAUAAAAACGAAGGUAGAAUAUAUAAAAAAGAAAAGAGAGACAAGCAAAUAAAAAUAAAAAAAAAUGUGGUUGUAUUUGUGAUUGAUGAAAAGUACCAUAUUAUGCUAUUAUUUUAGAACAAGACAUAUGAAUAUUAUCGCUAAAUAAUAAUUAAAAAAAGAAAUAGUCAUAAAGAACAAAGAGAUUCAUUUGAAUGAUUUUGAAUCAAAAUAAUGCUUCUUAUAAUCACUAAAAAAGGUCAAGAUAGAAGGUUUAGAGAUGAAAGACUUCCAAGAGAUUAAAGAAAUCACAAACUAAGUUAAAGAGAGAAUUAAGAUUUAAUCUUAAAUUUAAUAAUUUCUAAAUCUUUUUUCUUCAGAAGAAUUAAAAAGGCAGCAAAAUAAAUUGCCUUCACUUCCCCAAAACCAUUAAUUAUAGCUAAAUUCAAAAAUAUCUGACCUUAAAAAUAUUUUGGAAUUCUAGAUUAAUGACUAUUUUCAAAAAUCUUCCUAUGAUAAUUUUUGA